AUGGUUUUAUCGUUUCCUCAGUUUUCUAAACUUCCCCCAGAAGUGCGCACAUCUAUCUGGGAGGCCGCGCUUCCGUCAGCCAAAACCCCCGGCUUACACACGUACAACAAGCAGAGACUCGACGACACUGUUGAGGAGCGACGUGAAACAUUAGCCCUGAAACACCGUGUUCGAGUGCCCAGUCCUGCUUGUUACAGUGCUUGCAAAGAGGCACGGCAGGUGGUAGAGCACUGGAUUAAGAGGAACAAGAUUGAGCGGUACUUUCGUGAGGAGACCAAGGACGUCGUUCUCGAGCGGCCCUUCGACGCUGACCGCGAUCUAUUCUACGUACCCCAAGAUCGAUGGCAACUAUUCCUGAUUGAAAUUAUGGAGGAACAUCAUGAGAACGAAGCAGAGGACGAGACCAGUGCCACUCAUAUCAUAUACGGCAUCAAGUAUCUCGCACUCCCAGCCUUCACAGCUUACUACAGCAUCAGCAAUUUAUGUGCCUUGCUGGACUGGACCAAAAAGCUCGAGACACUCUACGUCGUCUGGGAGGAGCUUCCGAAAACCAAGGGCAUCUGGGAGAUCGCAUCGUACCCAGAACCUGAAGAUACGGUAAACAUGUGUCACUUUGAUGACCGUACAGGUCGCAACUUUUUAGAGGAGGGUGUACUGGGGGAAUGGUUUGACGAGAUGGAAGAUAUGUGGGCGACCAGUGAGGUUAAUCCGGAAUUAUGGGAUGAGGAUGCUGAGAAGCUCAAGAUACCCCAUGUUCAUAUAAGGGUGAAGGAAGUGUCCAGUUGGUGCUAG